AGUGGGAGGCACAUAAAGCCGAGGAUAAGUCGUUAAAAAAAUCUAAAAUACUUUCCCCUUAACUCUCCACUUAACUGCUGAUUCGAAAGCUAACUUCAGCGUCGUGAAGUUUUUUUAUCAGUUGCCACUCGGACCUAAUUCAGCGGCGCACCAGGAACUUCCGCUCAGCGCGUUCCCUCUGCAUCAUCAAAGUUGACAGCAAAAAAACAUACAAAGUUUUUAAAGUUCACUGUCUCUGACAAAAACCGACAGCUGACGCCGCCGAUUGCUGACCUCCACCAGUAUGACCUCACUGACGAUGAUCGCUCGCGUGUCGGACGGACUGCCGCUGGCCGCGUCCAUAGAGGAGGAUGAGCAGUCAGGAAGAGACCUUCAGCAGUACCAGAGCCAAGCCAAGCAGCUGUUUCGUAAACUGAAUGCUCAAAGCCCUGAGCGCUGCACGCUGGAGGCUGGAGACAUGAACUUCCACUAUUUAAUAGCACAGGGCAUAUGCUACCUGUUCCUCUGCGGGGCUUCAUUUCCCAAAAAGAUGGCUUUUGCAUACCUCGAAGACCUCCACAGUGAGUUCUAUGACCAGUAUGGACGGAGAGUAGCCGUGGUAACGAGGCCGUACUCUUUCAUCGAGUUUGACACAUACAUCCAGAAAACAAAGAAGUCGUACAUUGACAGCAGGGCCAGGAGGAACUUAGGCAGUAUUAACACCGAGCUACAGGACGUCCAGAGAAUUAUGGUGGCAAAUAUUGAGGAAGUCCUGCAAAGAGGAGAAUCUCUCUCUGCUCUAGACACAAAAGCCAGCAACCUGUCCAGCCUGUCGAAGAAGUACCGCAGCGACGCCAAAUACCUCAACACCCGCUCCACAUACGCCAAGGUGGCCGCUGUGUCCGUGUUCUUCCUCACGCUCAUCAUCUAUGUGCGUUUCUGGUGGCUCUGAAUGACUCUCAGACAAGGACUCUGACAUAAGGGAGAGGGUGAAGAAGCGUUUAAAGUGAUCCUGUUACGUUUCUGUUCUUCACCAGGGUGCCUUAAAGGGGAAUAUUUAGUUUUUUCCUAUUGAAGGUCGAAAUUCUCUGUGCUUACGUCAUGUAUACAGUAUGAACUGAGCCGCUGCUCUGUGAUGGGACUUCUUUGUAUGGAAAUGGUGAGUUUAAGUACCUUUGUUUAUGGGAAUAUUAAGAGCAGGGUCUUAAUAAAUUAAUUCUAACCUGGUUUGGGGGUUUCAGUCUCAGCAUUAAGGAAACACUAUGUAUGAAUAAGCAGGUUUUGUGAAAAGUCUUAAUACUGUGAUAAAAGAAUGUUUAUUGUUCUCAAAGUUUACAUUGUAACAAAGUCUUAUUGAAAAUAUUAAAUAUUUAUCAAAUUGUAGUUUUUGUUUUGCAGUUGCAUUUCUGACAUGUUAUGUUAAAGGUAUAAUACGCAGGAUUUUCUGUAAACUAUGUCUAUGCCCCAUCUUCAGGGUCUACGUCCUGACCACAGCAGCCGCAGGUUCGAUUCCUCAGUCCUUUGCUUUAUGUCAUCCUCCCUCUCUCUCCCUUUAGCUUUCCUAUUUCCAAUAAAGGCAAAAGCCCUGCAAAAAAUCAUUAAAAAACUAUGUAUAUGGGGCGACCUGUACCUCACCUGACUAAGGCCUCUGCAGCUGCACGAGUUCGAUUCCUACCUGUGGCCCUUUGCUGUGUGUCAUCCUCUCACCUUCUGAUUUUGUCACAGCUUUCCUUUUACACUCAUACAAAAACAAUCCCCCUCAAUCAUCGCUUGUGGCCAACCAGAGGC